AUGGUGUUCAUUGGAGGAAUAAGGGAGAGUGCUCAUGGCACUGCAUUCAUUGAAAUAGGAGAUGGAGGAAGAAGGGAGAGUGCUCAUGGCACUGCAUUCAUUGAAAUAGGAUAUGGAGAAUCUGAAGAUCCAUCGGGUCAGUUCUGUGGUGACAGUACUAAAAUAAAAAACACCGAAAUAUACAAAAAUAUUGAUAGCCUCUUGCCUAAGUUAGUAUUAGGCACGUCUCAAUACGGGUUCAUUACAACCUCGUAUGGUAAAGGCGAAUCGCAAGUCUACGGACUGGCACAAUGUAGAGGAGACGUUAGCAGCGAAGAUUGCUCGACUUGUAUCCAAGAUGCAGCAAACGAAAUCCGUAAACGCUGUCCAAACCAAUCUGAUUCUAGGAUUUGGUAUGAAUAUUGCUUUCUGAGGUAUAGUAUACAGAACUUCUUCGGACAAGUCGACACAGGUUUUGGUAUUUACUAUUACAAUGUUCAGAAUGUAACAGAUCCUGAUCCUGAUACAUUCAAUAAAGAACUAGGUGCCCUGAUGGAUAAGAUCAGUUCAGACGCUAUCAUGCCAGGAAACAAAGGUCUUGGAAAAGCAAAGACUAAACUUACACCUUUUAAUACUCUCUAUGGCUUGGUGCAAUGCACUAGGGAUCUAUCGAAGCAAGGUUGUGCCGAGUGCCUUUCCAUUGCCAUAGGCAAUUUUCCGACGUUUUGCAACGACAAGAAAGGGUGUCGAGUUUUAUACAGCAGUUGCUACCUUAGAUACGAACUUUAUCCCUUCUACUUUCCUCUUGAUUCACAAGAGUCCAUAGUUGGUGCCCCUAUGAAUUAUCAUUCAACCAUAGUUUAUAAACCUUAA